GGUGCUGAAGCGUGUCCGGUAGAAGUAGGCUCAGAUCGAUCGGCACAUUUUCUUCCGAUUUUUUUUGACGGAAUUGUGGAUUGUUUUUUACUCGUGCACAUAAGCCAUUUUUGUCAACUGUUUAAUAAGCAAUUUCAUGCUGAAGUAGGAAAGUAAAUAUUUUUGCGUCAUGCUUUUCUCUCCGAGCAAACUGUUCGUACGGUGAGUUCCUACAUUGGAUGAACCACCUUUCCAGAGCAUGUAGUGGUAGUAAGUUCAGAGGUUCAUUGAUAUAUUGAACAGGGAAAAGCGGACGAUUUUUCAUCCACCCUCAACCAGUCCAGCAGAAUCGUAGUAAGGACGGAGGCAGCUCACAGUGAUAAGUGAAACGUUGUCGGGAUCGGUCGCAUUACGGAAUCUUCAACCAAUGUUCUGAUUCUCAAGCGCGCACUUUGUGAAGACUGGAAAUUGAAUUUUUUUGUAUUGUGAAUUUCUAAUAUUUCUAACAGAUCGUGUUUUGGUGAUCCGAAGAAGGUAAAACGUCGUGUUAAGUGAAAAGUGUAGAUGAAAACGAACGAGCGGAAGUGAAUUGCUGAAGACGUGCUACUAAAGUAAUUAGGUUAAUCUUGCGUGAAAGUAAUAACGAAGUCUGGUGUAGGUUUGUUCUGUUGAACACUAUCGGUGCGAGAAAUGGCUAACGAAGCAGAAAAUCAACUUCCCGAAAAGGAUGCAAACGACGGCUCGGCCACAGAAACUAGCGGGGGAAACAAAAUCGUUCUCAAGCGAAAGAUUACUCUGAUUAAUGGAAUAACAAUCAUCGUAGGGACGAUCAUUGGAUCAGGAAUUUUCGUUUCCCCUGCCGGAGUUUUUCUGUACACUAAAUCGGUUGGCUCUUCGCUGGUCAUCUGGACGCUGAGUGGCAUUCUGUCGACGGUUGGGGCGUUGUGUUACGCCGAGCUCGGAACCUGCAUCACCCGGUCUGGAGGCGACUAUGCGUAUCUACUUGUUGCCUUUGGGCCACUUGUUGGAUUUCUACGACUUUGGAUGGCCCUGCUCAUCAUUCGACCCACCACCCAGGCGAUCGUGGCACUGACCUUCGCGCAGUAUGCGGUUAAACCAUUCUUCCCCGACUGCGAACCUCCGGACAACGCCGUUCGACUGCUAGCCGCCGUCUGUUUGUGUUUCCUGACCAGCAUCAAUUGCAUCUCGACCAAAUGGGCGAUGAAGAUACAGAAUGUGUUUACGUUCGCCAAACUGACGGCUCUGGUGUCCAUCAUACUGGCAGGAACCUGGUUCAUGACUACGGAAAAGACGGAUCACUUCGAGAAUGCCUGGGAGGGAGACUAUGCAUUGUCCAGUUUGGCGUACGCAUUCUACUCGGGUCUGUUUGCGUUCGGAGGAUGGAACUAUCUGAAUUUUGUUACCGAAGAGUUGGAAAAUCCGUACAAGAACCUUCCUCGUGCCAUCUGGAUUGCAAUGCCAAUGGUCACCGGGAUCUAUGUGUUCGUCAACAUGGCCUACUUCGCCGUAGUUCCGCGGCACGACAUGCUUGCUUCAAUCGCAGUGGCCGUGAACUUCGGUUACCGUAUGUUCGGUUCCGUGGCCUGGCUCGUACCGAUCUUCGUGGCUCUUAGUUGCUUCGGCGGUGUCAAUGGCAUUCUGUUCACCUCGGCUCGACUGUUUUCGACUGGUGCACAAGAAGGACAUCUACCGGCAUGGUUCUCGUUGGUUCACGUGCGACGCCAAACACCGAUACCAGCAUUGAUUUUUACCUGCGCUACUUCGAUCCUGACGCUAUUCUGUGCCGACGUGGUUGCUUUGAUCAACUACUUUAGCCAAAUUUUGUGGCUCUCGGUUGCUGCUUGCGUAGCCGGACUAUUGUGGUUACGUGUGACCAAACCCAACAUGCCUCGUCCUAUCCGAGUGAAUUUGGCACUACCGAUUAUUUUCCUUACGUGCUGUCUGAUACUGGUAUUGCUACCAUCGUUCACCGAACCUCUGAAUCUGCUGAUCGGUCUUGGUAUCACACUUUCCGGCGUACCGGUGUACUACAUCUGCGUAGUAUGGAACAGUAACAAGCGAUCCCGGAAUCGACCGAUGGCUUGGAUCGAACGAGGCUGCCAGAUACUGUUCAAUGCGGCCAUUGUUGACUGUCACCACGAUCGAAAGAAUGACCGCGAGAUGUCCGACAUGCAGACUAGUAUUGUGGACGAGAAAAAUGUGUACAACUAAGUGGAAAGUUGCUGAAUUUUCCGGGGCUGUGGAAACUCCGAAUCUGAUUUCAUUUAGAAAUUAGUUUUUACACCAAUAGCAUUUAAUCUAGUAUCAUUCUUCGCAAGGCGGCUUUUGAUCUUCUUUUCUUUGUUUAGAUAUUACUUAUAUGAACUUAUUGUCCGAGUAUGUGGAAAGAAGGAUUACAAAUCCUUCAAAAGGCACAAAUCGCCAGAAGAUCUACUAUCUAUAUCUACUGUAGUGUAAACCAUACGAAAUAUCAAUGUAAGAUCUGGACAAACUAUAUUAGCCACUUGUACGAGUCUCGCCCGCCUGUAGAAAUUAUUGUCUAGUCGUCUAGGGAUGGUUAUUGUGAAAAGCUGAAUAUAUACUGAAUUCGAUAUCAUUUCUAAAAGUCCUGCUGAAACUCGAUAUUUUUGUUGAACUGGUGAAAAAUAUGACUAGCGGGUAACGCGACCACAGUGGCAACGUAAUAAGAACCAAUCUACACGGCUUACAAUAACAGACAAUGAAGUUAGACCUAAAAGUAUCAAUGUACUUAACAAUAAACAUCAUAAUUACGAAA